CCCCGUUCCCCACUGUGGGGCUCCCAGGCCCAGGAGAUGGAGCAACGCAUAGACAAGUAGGAAUCUCCUAUUGUACACCCCAUACUCGCAUACUUACCUGUAGACUCGCCACAUUACCUGUAGACUCGCCACAUUACCUGUAGACUCACUAGAGUCUACAGGUAAUGGGCACCCAAGUGGCGCAGCGGUCUAAGGCACUGCAUCUCUGUGCUUGAGGCGUCACUACAGACCCUUGUUCGUUUCCAGGCUGUAUCACAACCGGCCGUGUUUGGGAGUCCCAUAGGGCGGCGCACAAUUGGCCCAGUGUCGUCCAGGUAUGGCCAGGGUAGGCCGUCGUUGUAAAUAAGAAUUUGUUCUUAACUGACAUGCCUAGUUAAAUAAAGGUUAAAUAAAAAAGCACAAAAAAAACUUGAUACUCACCACAUUACCUGUAGACUCACUAGAUACUCACCACAUUACCUGUAGACUCACUAGAUACUCACCACAUUACCUGUAGACUCACUAGAGACUCACCACAUUACCUGUAGACUCACUAGAUACUCACCACAUUACCUGUAGACUCACUAGAUACUCACCACAUUACCUGUAGACUCACUAGAUACUCACCACAUUACCUGUAGACUCACUAGAUACUCACCACAUUACCUGUAGACUCACUAGAUACUCACCACAUUACCUGUAGACUCACUAGAUACUCACCACAUUACCUGUAGACUCACUAGAUACUCACCACAUUACCUGUAGACUCACUAGAUACUCACCACAUUACCUGUAGACUCACUAGAUACUCACCACAUUACCUGUAGACUCACUAGAUACUCACCACAUUACCUGUAGACUCACUAGAUACUCACCACAUUACCUGUAGACUCACUAGAUACUCACCACAUUACCUGUAGACUCACUAGAUACUCACCACAUUACCUGUAGACUCACUAGAUACUCACCACAUUACCUGUAGACUCACUAGAUACUCACCACAUUACCUGUAGACUCACUAGAUACUCACCACAUUACCUGUAGACUCACUAGAGAGACUCACCACAUUACCUGUAGACUCACUAGAUACUCACCACAUUACCUGUAGACUCACUAGAGACUCACCACAUUACCUGUAGACUCACUGAGACUCACCACAUUACCUGUAGACUCACUAGAGACUCACCACAUUACCUGUAGACUCACUAGAACUCACCACAUGACUGUAGACUCACUAGAUACUCACCACACUUUGUUUCUAGAUCUUCUUGGCCGUAAUGCAGCUGUUUGUAGACGAGCCACCUCAGCUCAUAGUCUACACAUAGUGUUAAUAUUCUUACUCUCGAAGCUUCUAUAUUCCAUGUUUUUUAGUGUGGCGUCUACACCUCUAGUGUUUAUAGUCUCUACACCUCAUAGUGUUUAUAGUCUCUACACCUCAUAGUGUUUAUAGUCUCUACACCUCGUAGUGUUUAUAGUCUCUACACCUCAUAGUGUUUAUAGUCUCUACACCUCAUAGUGUUUAUAGUCUCUACACCUCGUAGUGUUUAUAGUCUCUACACCUCAUAGUGUUUAUAGUCUCUACACCUCAUAGUGUUUAUAGUCUCUACACCUCGUAGUGUUUAGUCUCUACACCUCGUAGUGUUUAUAGUCUCUACACCUCAGUGUUUAGUCUCUACACCUCAUAGUGUUUAUAGUGUAUUUCAUGUACUGUAAGUGUAUGAAAGCACUGCCUUUAUCAAUGCAAGGUUAAAAGUGAAUGGUUUGUUCUGGCUGAGAUUGUAAUGGAACGCCAACAAAGUGCGUGUGUCUAUGUGUGUGUGUCAGGUUGCAGACAGAGAGUCAACGGUUAGUGGAGGAGGAGGAGAAACUGGAGCAGCAGAUGGAGGAUGGCCAAGCUGUGAGUGACACACACUAUGUCUUACUGUACUUGUGAGGACCUUUUGGGGACCAACAAUUGAUUCCCAAUGAUUCCCAUUUUUCCCCUAACCCUAAACUCUAAUUCUAACCCCUUAGCCUAAAAUAUACUUUUUUACAAGUGAGGACCAGCAAAAUGUCCUCACUUCUCUGAAUUUUAGUUAGUUUGCUAUUCUUGUGAGGCCUUCUGGUACUAAAACGUGUACACCUACACUACACACACACAGAGGGAGAAAUAAUUAGGAUGGCCAAGCUGUGAGUAACGCACAUAAACACACACUGAUACACACGCACACAAACCAAUUGAAUGGGCUAGCUAGAAUACAUGCAGAACAAGUAGCCCCAUCAUUACGUCAAUUCUUCCCACCAGUCCUGACCGACGAGGCUCCUUUUAGAUUAAUAAUACAUUUUUCCAUAAUAAUACGUUAAUGCAGCUUUGAUGUAGCACCUCUUGUUCAGAAGCAGGAACUUUAGAAAGGCCCUUCUUACAUAAACAAUGUACCACUUAGACGUGUAUAAUCGUUCCACCUCAAGGAAACCGUGACUGUUUACCUCAGAAUGACCUUUUAUUUUAGAACAAAAAUUCUCUUCUCCUCUUCAAGUCUUUUGUUUGUAUUUCUUCUCCUAACCUUGAUUUUUAGAGGUUGUUGUAGAGACGUGAAUCACAAACCGAGCGUGUUAUUUUGACUCGUAGACUAGGAGCAGACCAGUGAAGGUUGACUCGUAUGAUAGUGGCUUUUUGUGGCAUGGCAGAGAUGCAACUACUCACAACAAUUUGCUCUUGUUAUAAAGAGAGUGUGCUCCCACCCUCUUUAAAGGUAGACUCAGUGAUUUGACGUAGAUGCAUAAAGUAAACUGCAUAGUGGAUCAAUUUCCGCAACAACUAAGAGCGUUGAAGCGCGAGGCUCAACUUAUAUGCUGUUUUCGUGCCCUGGCUACCAGGCUGUAACGAAGCGAACCCUGUAGACGUGCAGAUACUGUGUGUGACUGUGUGAGAGAGAAGUCUUUGCAUCUCAUUCAUCUCAAUAUCUGCUGUGCUGCUUGUGGCAACGUCAUUCCGCUGAGUCUACCUUGUUAAGGUAGGCAUAUUUAGUAUUGAAUAGUCACUGGUGGAAGGUGGGCCCUAAAGGCUAAUUUGCAUCCCCUUGUGGGUUGAAAAUGCAUGAAUGACGACGUUCAUCUACUCUUAUAAUGGCAUUGCUCAUCUAGGGUCAUGGUUACAACUUGAGACUGAAAAUAAUUAAAGAAUGGAAUGUGCCUAUCUAACCCCGCCUGUGUCUGUCUCCUCCAAUAGAAUGCAGCAAUGGUGGUGGAGGCUACAGCAGGUAGGUGUGACCUGUCUGUGAAUGAACUAAUGACUGUCUAGCUGUCACCACCUGUUACUGUUAGCAACCGCUGGUAGCAAUCGUUGUUCCACUAGCACUUCUUUAUAUUACUUGAUUCAAUCAAUUUAAUUGCUGAAAGAUAAAAUAAUACGUCUUUAUGUUUCUGUUUGAGUUGAUAAUGAAUGUGAUGUGUGGUAAAAAUACAUUAUUUUAAAUAACAGAUUUUAAAACAGAAUCGGGACAGUUGAUUUGAAAUUCCCUUCGAUCUUCAGUUGAAUGGUGGGCUUAAUAAAACACUGAUUAAAAAAAGUGUUAUUUCCAUCUACCUAUUCCCACAGAAGCAGUCCAUGCAGUUAUCUUGGAGAAUGGACAGGAAGAAGUAGAGGCCGAAUCCGGUAAGGGGUUAACAAUGUUAACAUCAUCGCUCCUCCACUCUGAAUCAACUCAAAUGGGUUGUAGUCCCAGAAGAUGCUACAGACUGUACUAGCCUUUGAUGGUAUUUGUAUUACAAAGGCGAAACAUUGUAUUCAUACGUCAGUGGAAGUUCAUACAUGCAUACAGUGAAUAUCUAUGCAUUUUAAUGAUAUGGAAUACAUAUACAUUGAUGCUGAUGAAGAAUCUCAUGUGUUAAGUUAAGUUAUCAGAGGGUAAAGCACAGAAAUAUUAUUUAUAUAACGUGAACAUCCCAUUAGACCACUGCUGUUUGGCUGCACCAUGAUGGGUCUAGUAAUUAUAUUUCUAUGGGGCAAAGAGCACACAACACAACACAAGCCAAGUCAGUGGAAAUGUUCUGGUUGGUUGGAUUCAGGGUCACAGGGACUGGCAACAUGCCUUUGGCUUGGUGCUAAAAUGUCCCUCUUAUCAUUAUGACCUUCUGUCAUGAGUCCAGAAUAGAACAGCGGUGAUUCUGUAAGCUGCACUCCCUUCUCUUCUUUUGGAUUUCUAAUGUCACUCGUUCCAUUGGCCGGCCUCUUUUCUUGUCUUUCUCCUUCACUCUCCAUAACUUUCUCCAAGUUCCAACAAAUGUUCAACUCUCCUGUUUCUUCUGUGCUCACUAUUCUAGCUGGGCUUUGCAGAGCUUGGUAAGAUGGAUGUGCGUGUUUGCCAAUGGUCUUGCUGAUAGAAGGCUGGGAAGAUGAUUUCAACAUUUCCUAACUAUGAUCUGUCUCUUGUCACAGUUCUAGGAACAGUUGAGGCAGCUCUAUUGGAAAGAGCUGAGAUCCUCACCAAUGGGAGAGGAGAGGGGGAGGGGCAAGCUGCUACCCACGAUGCAUCAGACGGCGGACUGCCCAACGGUCCAGUGACUGUCAUCCCUGGCGACGGUACAGUUACCAUGACGUUCCUGGGGUUCACUGAGGCUGAGCCAGGCGAGGCUCCGUUAAUCGAGGACGACGAGGAAGGAGGAUUGAUCAUGAUGCGAGCGGAGCGAGUGACUAUCACGGACGAGGGAGACAAGCUGGCCGAUGACCUUUCCCCUCCGGGUCAGGAACAAGAAGUAGACUUGGCCGCGUCCAAUCAGAGCUCAGAAUCUCCUGAGGAAGGAGGAGAUGAGAAGGUGAAACCAGAGACAACUCCUGAAGAGUCCUCAGAAGUAGCAAAAGAGACUGAGGUGGAGGCAGACACAGUAACAGGAGAUUUAGGAGAAGGACAGAUGGACACAGUAACAGGAGAUUUAGGAGAAGGACAGAUGGACACAGUAACAGGAGAUUUAGGAGAAGGACAGAUGGACACAGUAACAGGAGAUUUAGGAGAAGGACAGAUGGACACAGUAACAGGAGAUUUAGGAGAAGGACAGAUGGACACAGUAACAGGAGAUUUAGGAGAAGGACAGAUGGACACAGUAACAGGAGAUUUAGGAGAAGGACAGAUGGACACAGUAACAGGAGAUUUAGGAGAAGGACAGAUGGACACAGUAACAGGAGAUUUAGGAGAAGGACAGAUGGACACAGUAACAGGAGAUUUAGGAGAAGGACAGAUGGAGGGUGGGGCAAACGGUGGUGGAGAGGCACAGCCAGUAGAGGAAGCUCCUGUGUCUGACCUGCAGUCCCCAGAUGAUGCCCUAGAUGGCGCUGUGGCGGCCGUUCCCGUCUACUCUGAGACCUCACUCACCCCCAGGCCCGACGCAGAGGGAGAGGCUGCAGGCGAGCCGGCAGAGGGUGAUGCGGAAGUGAAGACUGAAGUGGAAGUCAAGGGGGAAGAGGUGGCCUUGGUGGCCCCAGAAACAGCCACCCUCCCUGGGGGACAGUUCCUGGAGGUGUCCUUAGUGGAACCCCAGACUGAGUCAGAGCCAGAGCAGGAGCCCUUGCUGUUCCCAUCCAAGGCCCAGACCCUGGCCCUGGGGGAGCAGGCUCCAGCCGCCCCAGAGACACUUACCCCUACCAGGGGAGAGGCGGAGGGAGGGGUCGGUGUGGCUCCCAAACGCAAGACCUGCCAGUGCUGCUCUGUCAUGUGA